AGGAAAAUAAAAAAUCUUCUCUUAGGAUUUAUGUAACUCCUUUAGCAUUAUUCUGUGGAAAUUUUAUUAACUUACUUCUCCCACAGCAUCCGUUAGAUCCAUCCACUCUUUGUUGCUGGUUUUGAUCAAUUUCAUAGUAUAGGAUUCACAUACAUGUAUAUACACGUAUAAACAGUUGCAAAUGGCGGAGGAGAGAUCGAAUGGCGGAUUGGCGUCGGUGGACUCGAUGGAGUUCCGGUGGGUGUAUCAUCAGGACGAGGAAGGGUCGGAAAUUUACAACCACGGUAACCACGGCGGGGAUUCGACGCUGCGUGAUUCAGACGAUGAGGAUAAUACGGGGCAGAGGCUGAUUCGGACGGGUCCGAGGAUUGAUUCGUUCGAUGUUGAUGCUCUUGAAGUCCCUGGCGCUCAAAGGAAUGAUUAUGAGGAUGUCACUUUGGGCAGGAGGAUCAUACUGACCUUUCAGACACUAGGGGUUGUCUUUGGUGAUGUGGGGACCAGUCCAUUGUAUACCUUCAGUGUGAUGUUCAGCAAGGCACCGGUUGAGGCAAACGAAGAUGUUCUUGGUGCAUUAUCACUAGUUUUGUACACCUUAAUUCUGAUUCCACUUAUCAAGUAUGUCCUCAUAGUUCUUUGGGCUAAUGAUGAUGGUGAAGGUGGUACAUUUGCUUUGUACUCUUUGAUCUGUAGGCAUGCUAAAGCUAGUCUUCUGCCCAACCAACUUCCAUCAGAUGCUCGCAUAUCUAGCUUCAGACUUAAGGUGCCAUCACCAGAACUGGAGAGGUCUCUGAAAAUAAAAGAAAGACUCGAGACUUCUCUGACGCUGAAAAAGCUUCUUCUGAUGUUGGUUCUCGCUGGUACUUCCAUGGUGAUAGCCGAUGGUGUUGUUACACCUGCAAUGUCAGUAAUAUCUGCUGUUAGUGGCUUAAAGAUUGGAGUUUCUGGGGUAACACAAGAGCACGUGGUGAUGAUCUCGGUUGCAUUUCUUAUAAUCUUGUUCAGUGUACAGAAAUAUGGAACAAGUAAAGUGGGGCUCAUAGUGGGUCCUGCCUUGUUUAUAUGGUUUUGUUGUCUUGGGGGCAUUGGCAUAUACAACCUUGUUAAGUACGAUACACAUGUCCUGAGGGCAUUUAAUCCAGUUCACAUAUACUAUUUCUUCAAACGCAAUUCUACCAGUGCUUGGUACUCCCUUGGGGGCUGUCUUCUUUGUGCAACAGGUUCUGAAGCAAUGUUUGCAGAUCUUUGCUAUUUUUCCGUAAGAUCAGUGCAGGUAAACCAGUUACCUGCAUCAGACCUUUUUUUAUUAAAUAUCUUACAUUUUUUGCUUUUUCCUACUAUCCUAAUUUUUUCUUAUGAAGACUUAAUUUUGUUGUUGCAGCUUACCUUUGUGUUUCUUGUGUUACCUUGCCUUCUGUUGGGUUAUCUGGGUCAAGCUGCUUACCUUAUAGCGAACCAUGGCAAUACAACUCAAGCCUUCUUCUCAUCUGUUCCAAGUGGAGCUUUCUGGCCAGUGUUCCUUAUUGCUAAUGUAGCUGCAUUGAUUGCUAGUAGGGCUAUGACUACAGCGACAUUCUCUUGUAUUAAACAAUCAACGGCACUUGGUUGCUUUCCUCGCCUUAAGAUCAUUCAUACCUCGCGGAAAUUCAUGGGUCAAAUUUACAUUCCAGUUAUGAACUGGUUUCUGCUUGCUCUAACCCUGGUUUUAGUCUGCACUAUUUCAAGUGUUUACGAGAUUGGAAAUGCUUAUGGCAUUGCUGAACUAGGAGUGAUGAUGAUGAGUACAAUCUUAGUAACUCUUGUAAUGCUUCUCAUAUGGCAGAUACGUAUCCUUAUAGUGCUGAGUUUCGCUAUUAUCUUCUUGGGGUUGGAGUUAACAUUCUUUUCAUCGGUUUUGUGGAGUGUGGGGGAUGGUAGCUGGAUCAUACUGGUUUUCGCCAUAGUUAUUUUUUUAAUAAUGUAUAUCUGGAACUAUGGGAGUAAGCUAAAGUAUGAAACUGAGGUUGAGCAAAAGAUGUCAAUGGAUUUGCUGCGAGAACUGGGUCCUAACCUAGGAACAGUAAGAGCUCCUGGCAUUGGCUUGCUUUAUAAUGAGCUUGCGAAGGGAGUACCAGCUAUAUUUGGACAUUUCCUUAGCACUCUGCCUGCUAUGCAUUCAAUGAUAAUAUUUGUGUGUAUAAAAUAUGUUCCUGUUCCUGUUGUACCUCAAAGUGAAAGGUUUCUGUUCCGACGAGUCUGCCCCAAAAGCUACCACAUAUUUCGCUGUAUUGCCAGAUAUGGUUACAAGGAUGUCCGCAAAGAAAACCACCAGACUUUUGAGCAAUUGCUGAUUGAGAGUCUUGAGAAGUUCAUUCGUAGGGAAGCUCAGGAAAGGUUGCUGGAGAGCGAUGGUCACGAGGACUCAGAUUCUGAAGAACAUUCUUUUUCAAAGGAUCUAAUAGCUCCCUAUCAGAGUGUGUAUCCACUUGGCGUCCCUCUGCUGUCUGAUUUUAAGGAAAUGACCAAUUCCUUUUCAGAAGCAAGCACUUCAGACGAGCAGUCUGAGACAUCGUUACAUGAUGCAGAGCAAAGUCUCGAGAAGGAGUUGUCUUUCAUACGCAAGGCCAAGGAAUGUGGGGUAGUAUAUCUUCUGGGUCAUGGGAAUAUUAGAGCAAGAAAGGAUUCUUGGUUUAUUAAGAAGCUUGUCAUUAAUUACUUCUAUGCCUUCUUGAGAAAGAACUGUAGGAGGGGUGUCGCGAAUUUGAGUGUUCCGCACUCGCAGUUGAUGCAAGUGGGCAUGACUUACAUGGUCUAAAGUCGAGCUUUUAUCGUAGAAGACUUGCAUGGUCUGAGUCAAGCUUUUAUCAUAGAAGGCAGACUUCGUUUUAGCACCAAUUCUGAACAGCGGCGUUUCGCUUCCAGCAGAAUCAAGGGAACUAAAUGGUAUUUUUGCUAUUCAUACCGGUCACACUUGUGGAUAAUGUCCAAACCGUUGCAAUGAUCAGAUUUAUUUAUAUCUUCCUUGGGUUUUACAUUAGCUGAAUUUGGAGUUUCUUUUUUAAUAUCUGGGAAAUUUUGUAGUUCUUAACCAGUGCUAUUUCGUGGAUUAUCAUGAUUUGUAGAGGUUUGAAGUCUUUGUAAUUACCAUUUUCAUAUCAAUGGGCUCUUUGAUAGUGUAGUUCCUUUUCGAA